AUGGUGGUCUCCGGAGAUCUUUAUCAUAAAGUGGGAGGUGAGCUGGCGUUGAAACUAGACAAGUCCACAGUGCCUGACUCCAACACAAGCAUCCUAUGGAAGCAUGGGAAGAACAAGGUGGCAGAGCGGGACAAGGAUUUUGGUGGUCUGGACAUCUAUGGUGCCUUCAAAGAGCGUACAACCCUGGACCAGAAUACUGGAGAACUGAGAAUCAGUGGAUUGAUGAAAACAGACAGUGGAGUUUAUUCUGUGGAGUUCAACAGCAAACUGCUUGACAAGACAUAUACACUAUCUGUUAUCAAGGCAGUCCCCAAACCCACCAUCACUUCUUCCUGUAACCCAGACAAAACCUCCUGCACUCUGACCUGUGAAGGUGACACCACUGAUGCUGAACCAGUCACUUACAGCUGGAAAGUGGGAGAGGGGGCGUGGGAGGACUUAGACAAACAGAGGAAUGUCUCUAAGAGCGACACUGGCAAAUCAACCAAUGGUUACAAGUACAUCUGCAAGCUGAAUAACUCUGUUAGUGAGGAAGUCAGUGAGCCAGUUGGAGAGGUGUUUGGUCCAGAGGCAGUCCCCAAACCCACAAUCACUUCUUCCUGUAACCCAGACAAAACCUCCUGCAUUCUAACCUGUGAGGGCAACACCACUGAUGCUGAACCAGUCACAUACAGCUGGAAAGUGGGAGAGGGAGCAUGGGAGGUUGUAGACAAACAGCUGAUUGUCUUUAAGAGCGACACUGGCAAAUCAACCAACAGUUACAAGUACAUCUGCAAGCUGCAUAACUCUGUUAGUGGGGAAGUCAGUGAGCCAGUUGGAGAGGUGUUUGUCUCAGGUACCAACCUGCUCGGGCUUACCUUCUGA